UUCAGUGUACAAUUCAAUUUCUUCCGCUUUCCGUCCUUCCGCUUUCCCUCCUUGACCAAUAGAAUUUUUUUUUUAAUAGAGGCUAUAAUUCCGAUAUGACAAAAAGUUAAAAACUGAAAUAAGCGCGGAAUCGGAUUCAGGAGUUCUGUUUUCUCUGAGCAGAGGUUUACAUGUUGCUACUGUAGCUUCACGGAGCUCUGUGUGAGGAAAUUCUUGUUCCUGGUAAAGGGUCAUGGCAGUCUGGAGCCUAGAUCCUGGAAUGACAGACCACAGUGCAAGACUGCACCUUGUUUCCCUUUACAGCUUUUACAGGCCAUACACAAGCUCCUAGGAUUUCAGAAGUUAUUUUACUGUUACUCUGUUUUAUGGGAAAAAAACACCUUUAAUCAAGAUGGCUAGCCUUGUGCAGAAUGUUUUUCAUUUUUAAGUUUCUCCAAUCAAACAGCAAACUGGAACACUGAAAAAAAGGAUUAGAAGUACCCUUAACAUUGUAUCCAGUAUGGGCCGACUUGAUGGGAAGCUGAUUGUCAUGUCAGCUGCUGCCCAGGGAAUUGGAAGGGCUGCAGCUUUGGCAUUUGCCAAAGAAGGUGCUCAAGUCAUCGCUACAGAUAUCAAUGAAGAAAAUCUUAAAGAAUUGGAUAGUUACCCAGGCAUCACGACCAGAGUCCUUGAUGUGACUAAGAAGGAUCAAAUUGAAGCCCUAGCCAAAGAACUAGAGAGGAUAGAUGUACUCUUCAAUGUUGCUGGUUUUGUUCACCACGGGACCAUCCUUGAUUGUGAGGAGGGAGACUGGGAUUUUACAAUGAACCUCAAUGUUCGCAGCAUGUACAUGAUGAUCAAAGCUUUUCUGCCAAAGAUGCUGGCUCACAAGUCUGGAAACAUUAUAAACAUGUCUUCUGUUGCAUCCAGUAUAAAAGGAGUUGUGAACAGGUGUGUUUACAGCACUUCAAAGGCUGCGGUUAUUGGGCUUACCAAAUCAGUGGCAGCUGACUUUAUCGAGCAAGGGAUACGAUGCAACUGUAUUUGCCCAGGAACUGUAGACACACCUUCAUUGAGAGAAAGAAUCCAGGCCAGACCUGAUCCUGAACAGGCAUUAAAAGACUUCCUUGCUAGACAGAAAAUGGGCAGAAUGUGCACUGCAGAAGAAGUGGCCCAACUGUGUGUAUACCUGGCCUCUGAUGAAUCUACCUAUGUGACUGGAACUGAACAUAUCAUUGAUGGUGGAUGGAGUCUCUGAAGAGGUCAAGGAAUGUUUGGAAGGACAAGGAAAAUUCAGCACAUACCAAACAUUUCUUCUUAAACAAGGGCAGCACCAGUACAUCUGUAAUUUAAUUGUGUUAAAAUUUAGAAUUAAACCUCAGUAUUGUUCUACAGUCAUUCUACUGUGAAAGAGACAUGAGCAAAUGCAGAACAAAGCUGAUAAUUUAAUUUGUAACCAUCCACUUGCGUGCAUGGCACUUAAUGUAAACCCUGUAUAAUUUGUGUAACACCACUGAUCUAAUGUAAUGUUACAGUUCAUGUGUGUAGUGAGGUGUCAUGAAGCCUCAUAGCAUCCUGCUUCCUAGUUAGUAUUUUAAACACUAAUCUUUAUCAUUGGUUAAUUCCGAUACACACUGAAAGAAACUUUAAGUUACUUUUUCAGAAUGCUCUGUUUUCAGUUUUAAUGUUAUUGACUUUUUGACUGUGCUAAUGAUGGGAGAGAGGUAAAAAAAGCGAUUAAAAAAUCAAACUAAAAUUACAUCACUAUCACAGUUAAACUGAGUUCUACUGAAUUAUUAUUUUGUAGAAAAACCAACUUUUAAGCAAAAUAGUUUUGAGUCUUUUUGGGUAUGUAUCAGCUUUGUACGUCAGGAUUUUUAGCAAAAUUGUAGUACUUAAUCUUAUCUGAUCAAUACUUUAUCUGUUCCUGAAAAUUAAGAAAUAAUGGGAAUAAAGAAUUUUUGUUUCAUUUA